UUCAGAUGAUCACUCCAGGGUUCAAAUUGAUUGUCAACCAGAUUUUUACAUAAAUGCAUCAUAUAUUGACGGAUACCACAGACAGAAAGCGUACAUAGCCUGUUCAGGGCCUACAUCAGCAACACACGAUAACUUUAAAACGUUCUGGAAAAUGGUUUGGCAUAAGAAGGUAGAGAUAAUCGUGAUGGUUACAAAUCUGACUGAACCUUCGGGUAUGAAAUGCGAGCAGUAUUGGCCUGAUGUCAGUCAAGAUGAGGAGUAUGGUGAUGUACACGUUUCGUGCCAAAAUUUACAAAUUUUUGCAGAUUACACAUUUAGGACCUUUGAAGUUAUCAACAAUGCAGAAAAGGGUGACGUUUGCAGACGUUUAGUUCAUCUUCAUUACACUGCAUGGCCGGACAAAAAGACACCGGAGGAUGUAAUAAGUCUUUUGGAAUUCAGACAAAAAUAUAGAGAUGUUAAAACUACCUUACAUGGUCCUAUCAUCGUACACUGCAGUGCUGGAAUUGGACGUACAGGAGUAUUUAUAGCUGUUGACAGGCUCAUAAUGGAGGGAAAUUGUGAAGGAACAGUAAAUGUCCCUGCAUGUCUCAAUAAAAUUAGGGAACAACGAAUGAAAAUGGUCCAAACAAGCGUAUGUUGGAUUUACUGA